AUGAAUCUCGGCUUUAAGCAGCGCGUGCGCCACUUCACCUGGACCUGGUUCACCAUGACUAUGGCAACAGGAGGCGUGGCCAAUGUCCUCUACCAAACCCCGUACCGCUUCCCCGGCCUCUACACCCUCGGCGUCAUCGUCUUCCUCUUCAACAUCUUCCUCUUCCUCUUCAACAUCACCAUGAUCUGCCUGCGCUUCCACUUCUACCCCUCUCUCUUCAUCGCGUCCAUCACCCACCCGACCGAAGUCCUCUUCGUGCCCGCGUGCAUCAUCAGCACCGGCACCAUCCUCCUCAACAUCACCCAGUACGGCACGACGCCCGGUAAGGCCGGGACGUGGUUGGUCGACACCAUGUUUGUCGUGUUCUGGGUGUAUUGCGCGUUCGCCGUCAUCCUCAGCUCGAGCAUUUACUUGACCAUAUGGUCCACUCAGACCUUCACCAUCGAUCAGAUGACUCCUGUCUGGAUCUUUCCCGCCUAUCCGCUGCUCAUCGUCGGCCCCUUUGCCGGCCAACUCGCCUUACACAUGCUCCACCCCCGCGCCGUCGACAUCAUCAUAGGCGGGUGGAUAUUCCAAGGCAUCGGCUUCAUGGUGUCGCUCAUGAUCUACGCCUCAUACAUCUACCGCUUGAUGACAAGCAAACUCCCCCGCGAGACGCUGCGACCCGGCAUGUUCGUCAGCGUUGGUCCCUCUGGCUUCACCAUCGCCGGCGUGGUGUCGAUGGGCCAUCUCCUGCCCGAUGUCGUGCCUGCCGAUUACAUGGGGAAUGGUUAUCUCUUCGCCCAGGUGUCGAAGAUCUGCUCGCUGUGGGUCGGCCUUUGGCUCUGGGGCUUGGCGCUGUGGUUCUUCAUCGUCUCCGUCGGCGCGCAUUAUUCGUGUGUGCGAGACCGGAAGAUGACAUUCGCCAUGACGUGGUAUUCCUACAUCUUCCCCAAUACCGCGCUCAUCACUGCCACCUACGCCAUCGCGGAAGCACUCGACAGCGCGCCCAUUCGAAUCUUCGGCUGCGUCUUGACCGUCCUUCUCGUCAUUGCGUGGAUCGCCAUCUUCAUCACCAUGAUCCGAGCCGUCAUCGUCAAAGACAUCCUCUGGCCCCAAAAACAAGAGGAUCGCGACGAAGGCGGCUGGACAUCGACGGAGGUCAGGCACAUGUUAUCGGCCGCGAGAACUCCGCAUCCCACCUCCAGCACGCCAUAUCACGACCCCAUGCAGAGGAUUGCGUUUGGGGAGGACAUGUCGCGGAAAGACAGUCCUAGUGAGAGUGAAGUCGACCGCAAGGCGUCUGAUGGGGGGACGCAUUCUGAGGGCAGUCCUGUUGAUUUGCCCGAUCAGUCGUCGGAUCGGUUUAUGCGAUCGCGGAAUCUGAAGCCGAAUGAUAGCGUUGUUUAG